AUGCUCUCUCCCAACAACACGCCAGCUCUUUCAACUCCACCUCUACUCAACAAGAAACCCAUUAAAGAUUGGAACACGGAUGAUGUUAUCGAAUUUUUUAAACAUCAUCAAUUUUCCGAGCCAUUGAUUGAAUGUCUGAAAAGUCAUUCAUGUAUUGGAAAUCAAUUGAUUGGAGAUUGUGUUUUGAAUGAUCUGAUGAAUAUUGGUUUGGAUUCCAAUGACGCAAAAAAGGCAUGUGAAUUGUUACAGGAAUUUGAAAAGUCAUUGAAUACCUCCUUCGCUUUGGAUCAAGCUGCCAGUUGUCAAGCAGUGGAUGCCAGCUCUUUUAAUGACACUUCUUUCCUCCCUGAUGACCCAGAAAAGUUUGCUUGGUUGCAAAAUUUGGUCGUUGAUUAUGAAAGUUAUGAAAAGAUCACAUCUCUUUCUUAUACAGAGUGGUCUCAUGAAGAUUUAGCGUUGUUUUUAAAAGCCAACAAUUUUCCAUUGGAUAUCAUUUACAACAUUUACAAUAGUGGAUGUGACGGGACAGUUGAGCUCGAAUUAUUGCAAGAUAUUGUGAACAGUGACAUUGCCAAGUCCGUUUAUCAUCGAAUGACCCAAACUGUUCCUUCUCCAGUCAUGAGUAGUGAUAUUGAAUUGACAAGUAUUAAGAAUGAUCUCAUUGGAAUAUUUGGAAAGGAUAGUAAACAAGGAAGUCGACCAAAAGUUGAUGAUUCAAAACUCUGGAAAGAGGAAGAAAUGAUUUCCAAGCAUUCAGAACGAAUUCGAUUCAUCAAACAAAAAUUGACAUGUUUGAAAUUGAAUGAAGAAGAAUUGAAACAAGUGUCACAAAAUUUAGUCUUUCCACAAAGAUUCUUGCACAAGUUCUUAAAUCCAAAAAGAUUACCACUUUCACAACAAUCCACUCAACCACCAUCGGAACCAUUUAUGAAAGUGAAAUUGGUGAUUAUGAAACAAAGUCAUCCUUCCAUCAUUCGACAAAUUCAAGCAUUUCCUGAUGAGCUUAAAAAUAAGGUGACAAAGGAAAUGUUACAAUUGGCGAUCAUGGUAGGACCAUGGUUUUUAGAAUGGACCGAUUUAUCGAUUGCCAUGGUGCGUACAAAACCCUCUUGUACUCCUCUCGCAACGAUUGAACUUGGAACUGUUCAAGGACUUGACAAUAUGAAAACUGCCAUUCGAAAAGUUGCAACUCUUUGCACUUACUGGAAUGCAAGCAAGAACUAUAACCUUCAUCGAUAUAACACUCAUUCCUUUUGUUAUUGCAUUUUGAAAGAAAUGAGAGUACCAUUUGCUCUCCCCAAUCAUGCCUUUCUUUCCAUGAUGGAAAAUAAUGGUUUUUGUGAAUUGAAAUAUAUAUGGAAUGAUUUGUCAUUGACUCAACAAUUACGUGAAAGCAAUGAAAUAAGCUGGGAUUUGAAGAAUGAGCUUUUUAAAGGGAAUAGUGUCACAUUUCACUCCAGAGAACUGUUGUGGGAGUUUGUGGCAUCCAUUCAAAAGAUUCAACCCAAUUAUUUCAAUGACAGCGAAAGAAAAAUGGACUUGCAAAUUUUAACAGGAUUUGAUCGAUUAUUCUGGGUGUCAGAAUCCAAAUCACCAAUGGGUGAACAAUUGAGAGAAGAACGUAUUCGAAAAGAAUAUCACUCGCCAUUGCUCAAGAAUAAUCAAGUACAUGCAAAAAAGAUUCAUCGAAAUGUGUUUAAUGUGGAUUUUAGAGUGGAGGAAUUUAAGGUGGUCGAUCAGCCCUAUGAAACUAUUCUAGUGGGUGAUGAGAUCAGAGAAUAUCAAAGUUUGAAAAGAAAAUAA